ACGGCAAGCCCAGAAGGACAAUUCAGCCGCGAGCAGCGCUCUUCUCAGUUUCUGUGAGCGUGGUCCGUUCGGGACAUGCAGUGAGCUGAGGGUCCUGUUUAUUUUGGAGGACUUCAGUUUGAAGAUAAACCCCACCUGAAAGCAGCAGGAAUGGCUCUGGAGCAGCUCAGUGAUGUGGUCCAGAGAUGUCAAGCCCUCUCUGACCACAGCUACACCACCGAGGACCACAACGUAUUCUCGAUAUCUGGACGGACCUGCAUCGAGGAGGGAGACAGUGUGCAAGUCCUCAGUAUUGUCCUGGAUGAAAAGAAUCAGGACAUUGUGAGGUGUAUGGGUUGGAAUCUGCUGCCUCCCCUGAUCCAGGUUCUGCUGAAGAAACAAGAUGCAAAGAUUUCUCCGUGCCUUGCCAUUUUCCGCCACCUGCUCCAGACCUGCAGACCCAAAGAGCUGCUGAUUGGCUUGUUGGAGCAGCUGGAGCAGGACGACCCUGACACCAUCGCAGAGAGCCUCCACCUGCUGUUGAACCCUCUCCAGAAAGUGCUGCUGUGUCUCGGCAGCCACAAGGCGGCAUCACUGGGCAUGACCCUGUCGUCUGUGCUGGACCAGGUGGCCAAACUGCCUCUACCUCACACCAAGGAGCAAGAGGAGGACGACGUCUUCUCGCUCUGUCGCAGCUGCACCGAUCUGAUAGACUUUGUCAAGCCUUUUGUCCACGAGGCCAGGCAAAGCCUCCUGAACGGCCGGGAACAAAAGAAGAGCCCCGACAGGACGGCGGGUGAGCAGGGCAGAGACGAAGAGGACGAGCUGCGGACAGAGCUGCUGAAGUUCUCGAUGAAGACUUUGAGUCAUCCUCUGCUGGAGUUACAAGUCAAGGAUCCGGACACUCUGGCCGUGUCUCCACUCAGGAAUUUUGCCACAGAGAUUUUGAACACCCUCAGUGCUAUCGGAGAGUCCAUCCACAGUCUUGUGUUCCAUCCUGUGUUGAAGAGAAAACAGGUUCCAGGCUUUCUGGAGGAGGAGGUGCGCUACCCUAAAGAGUCUCUGGCCAGCCUGGCUCACCUGGUGUUUGUCCAUCACCUGGCUGCAGAUACAUUCCCCAGUGUGUUCAGCUCAGUGUUCUGUCUUCGGUGUAAUAUGGAGCACGUUGUCCUCCUCUUGUCCAGAACUGAAGAGUCCAGGAUUCAGAAAGGACUGGAGCUAUAUGAGAAGAGUCUGGUGCGUUUGGAGGACUGCAGUCUGCCUUCUGAUCUGCUGGAGAUCAAAAGCUUCCUCACUGUCCCUCAGAACUUGGUGAAGGUCAUGACGCUGUGUCCGCAGCAUGACUUGAGAACGAGAGGUCUGAAGGUGUUGCAGUUGAGCAUCGAUAAGUUUGACACUGAAGCAAAGUACAAUUUUUUCCAGUACAUGCUGAAAACCAGUCACCACUCGGGAGUUGAAGGCUACGUCAUCAAAAACAUCAAGACUCAGAUAGAUAUCGCCCUGCAGCCAGGUAACAGUAACGUCUGGUUUGAGGGACCUCAGCUGCUGCCUUUGCUCCGUAAAGUCCUCAUUCUGCCAGACGGCCCAGAGACCGACCUCCUGCAGUACCUGGACAGAGUCAUGGAGUCUCUGAACCUGCUGCGUUACCUCGUCAUCAGAGACAAAGCCACAGAGAACCAGACGGGCGUCUGGACAGAACUGUACAAAAUAGAAGACACGUUCCUGAAGCCGCUCCGCGUUGGAGUGAACAUGUCGAGAGCUCACUACGAGCGGGAGCUCCACAACACCAUGCAGACCAAAAAGGGCAAGAUCAAAGAGGAAUCCGUGCUUUCGGUGUCCGUUGGCAACGAGAAGCUGCCGAACAUGACAUCAGCGUCGCAGAUUCAGGCGCUGCACUCGGCCCUGCACACCUUCGACAUGAUCGAGAGCGUGCUGGUGCGAAUACAGGAACUCACCGAGGUGAAAGAAAAUCUUUAGCCGCAGCCCACAAGUUCUACUCCCGGGGUCGUCAUCGCCUCAGAGCCGAGCGAACAGAAAGGCCUUCAACUGUUGUGUCGAUGUAUUUUGUAAAGAAAAUGAUUGAGUCCUGCAUUUAUUAUUAAACAAUUAACAAAACGAA